AUGUCUGAUCUGAAGCCAGAUGUUCAAGAGGACAAAGACGUGGAAUCAGUGUCUGACAGCCCGGGUCGUACUCAGGAGCCAUUACAGAGUCACACGUUUUCUCUGAAAAACAAUACUGCAGGUCUGUCCUCAGAUGAACACGAAAACCCUUUAAAUGGAACCCAGCCGAAUCCAUUUGUAUACAGCAGUGUCCCCGCUGUUCCCCAUGCAGGCAAUUCAUUGCCUUCAGGAGCACUUGUUAAUGGGCCUGGUUCACACCCCACCUCAGAGGUACACUGUGUCCUGAACAAAGGCUCUGUUUUAUCCAACAAUGUCCUGGAUGCCGCGUGGCAAGUGGAGAAGGACAUGAGCCCCGAGGUGUUACCACCACCUAGUGAGCUUCAAUCAGACGCUUGGAAGAACACAGCGGGGCUCGCUGUAAAAACACUGGCCACACAGCCAGGUGUCAACACGCCACUGUCUCACUCGGAGGAGAAUGAGUCUAAACUGGCCUAUUCCGCACUGUCAGGUGACAGUGCAGAGCAAAUGCACAUUAGCCAACCUCGGACAAAAAAGACAAUAGAAACAGGAUCUGGACGCGGCGUUGAAUGGCCAGAAAACUCCUCUGAUGAUUGCGAUGAUGUUGAAGUAAUCAGUUGGGAUUCGUCAAGAGAGAGCUUCCUGCACACUGACAGAAGGCUGGAGACCAGAGUGAUACACCAAAGAGACAGGCGCCACAAUACACAUGUAAAAAGCAUGGCAGGCUCUCUGGAAAAGGUUAACAACAGCUUAAAUCACACACGCAGACGUUGCUGCAGUGGUAAUGAUGUUGAAAACGUUGACAUCGCCGGCAAAGCCGAUUCUUUGGACACACAAUGCGGUAAUAAAUAUUCCGUGGUGCCAUUCAAAGAUCUCCCAGCUUUAAACUCUGAGCACCAUAUUAAUAGAGCAGCACAGGAAGGCUGUAAUGAGGAAAAUGACCCUGAAGAUGAAGACAAUUUCAGUCCAAAAGUGGAGCAAUCGACAACGAAGCAACUUGAGCGAGAUCCGUCUUUCUUCUCAUGCACAAUAUGCAAUGUUAAUUUCAAGGAAAAAAGACAUUUCCAUAGACAUAUGAUGUAUCAUUUAGGCAAGCAUAAUCAGGUGAACAGUGAGAAUGUUUCACAGACCUUUAUAUGCAGGGAGUGUGGGCGUCUGUUCUGUGAUAGCAACUCCCUCAUGAGGCACAUCAUUAUUCACCAAGAUAGGCUGGAAAAACUUAUGGAGGAAAUCAAGGGUCUCAAAAACACCGACAAUGAAGACGGAGGCGCCGCAGUGCAGUGCCCUCAGUGUGUGUUUGGUUGUAAAUGCCCCAAAAUCUUUGUCCAGCAUGCCAAAACGCAUGAUAAUCUGAAGCACUAUUACUUCUGUGAGGAGUGUAACUACAUUUCACUCACACGGCAGGCACUUGAACUACACUUGCAUGUCGCACACCUCGACACACACCAGCCUCAGUAUGGGAAAAUGACUCAUACUAAUGAUGCAGAGGAAGCAGACCAUGUUCAAUUUCAGUGUAAGAUGGGUUUUUUCACCAGCAGAGACAAAGUAACAUUGGAAAGACAUCCUGAGCUGGAGAAUCCGCGAUCACACUCUGGCGAUUGUAGAAAGUUUGCCGACCAGCCCAAAAUUGCUGGGAGUAGAUCUGCUUUUGGAGAAGCAGCCCAUUUCCCCCACUGCUCCGGUGGACACGGGGACAUUAACGUUCAAAAGUCUGAAGACAAAACCGUCAGUUCCCCUCAGUUCAAGUGCCACGUCGGCUGCACCAAAAACACGCUGUCGCCAUCUUUGUGGAGGAUCGGCAAGCAUGGAAAAUUACUCCUGCAGCCAGAGGAAAAAUUAGAUGUGGCAACUGAUCUCACCUGUGUGGAAGAAGACGGUGAAAAAAAUGACCACGAGGCUUUUGGCAGCUCAAAGCAGGCAAACUGUCCUGCAACGGCUGAUGUUUUACUAUCAGCUAGAAGUCUUAAAUUAGACCAGAUGUUCUGUCAGCAUAGCAAGAACGACCUGGAAAGCAGGAGUUUACACGCCAAAACAAACCAAAAUUCUCCAUCAGUGAGAAAAAUGUCAACACCUUUGCAAAACACUAUCGACAACAUGAAUGGUAAUAUAUUGCCAAGGCUUAGCCGGAGGCGUAAGAAACAUUUUGGAGUUGGAGAGCUGGAGAAAGGCUGUGAGGGCGGCCAUAACUUCAGUGAUGACACCAGCAGAGCCACAGGCAGCUUCUUGGAAAGCAGUGAGAGAGAAAGGAACCCGUACGCUCGGAAGUAUUUCAGAAAGAGGCAGAGGUUUUCAGCCAAAGACCAAAGCCCCCAUAAGCUCACGGAUGAAGAUGACGGAGAUGAAGACUGCAGUGACAUAGAGCAACUCAUAAUCAAGGAGGAGUAUAUCGAAACCACAGUGUGUGAUGAUUCCCCAGAGUCGCCUUGUACGUCUACGAGUGACGGCUUUGUUGUUUCCCCUUCUCAAGUGGUAGAGCACAAGCUCUGUCCGUACUGCCCAGCCAUCUUUGAGUCUGGAGUGGGUCUGUCCAAUCACGUGCGAGGGCACCUUCAUCGCGUGGGCUUGAGCUAUAACGCUCGGCACAUGGUUUCGCCGGAGCAAGUGGCGCUGCGGGAUCAUCAGCCGCGAACCCGCAGAAGGAUCCCCGCCGGCAUGAGGAAAAUGAGAAGAGCUGUUAAGCCAGAAACAAAAGGAGAGCACACAUGUCCCCUGUGCUGGGGUUGGUUUGAUACUAAGACUGGCCUCUCCAACCAUGUGAGGGGACACCUGAAACGAAUAGGCAGAAGUGUUACCAGCACCAGUAAGUCCCCGCUGUGCAUCCUAAAUGAGCUGCUACAGGACAAAAAGGAACAUGGGAACAUACUGCAGAUCCUAAACAAGGACCACUUCCCUCCAGGACCUUCAGCCUCUCAGAAGUUCAUCAGCAGCAGCGGCCUGGUCUUGAUGCGCGCGGCACUACCAGUGACACUCCAGUAUGAGAUGAAGCGUCCAUAUGCCAUAGGGGAUAGAUUUGUACCAAAGCAGGAGGCACAGGCCUUCUCAGAGAGGAAUAAGCCACAAGCAGAAGCACAUACGGAACUGAAGGCCUCCUCAAGCACUUUAGUUGAACUGCUAAAGACGAGACGGGGAAGUGCGGCGCUCACAGCGAGAAACAACCGGGACGCCCAUGCAGCCAGGAAGCUCUGUGUUAUGACCAAAGAUUACAAGGAGGAGACACAGAUGACAGGUGUGGAGCCCGCCUGGACUCACGGGGAAUGUGAUUCAAGUGAGAUUUGUAUUGAGUGUAACAGCAACUUCCCCACUGCUGUCAGUCUGUCUGGUCAUCUUCAGGCCUAUGCAUGCAGGAAGAGGAUUGCUGUAUUUGAAGAACCUGGCUAUGAUUAUAAGCAGAAGAAGCCGAGACCAAGGCCUGGGCUGAAAAAGAAGAUUUUACCCUCCUUGAACUCUCAGAUUUACACACUCACCUGCAGAUUCUGUGACCUGGUCUUCCAGGGUCCCCUGUCCAUCCAGGAGGACUGGAUCAAGCAUUUACAGAGGCACCUUCUGCACACUGACGUGCCCCACUCAGGAACAGGGAUGGUGGAGGUUUUGGGUCUUCGACACAAAAUACAAAUAAGCAUGACUCAAGAGCACCCAGGCACUGUGUAGAGUUGCACCAGCCUGGAAUGUGAAAUCUGAAUUUGCACAAUAUUUAAUACCACUUAUUAUUUUAGAGUAAUCUGCAACUGCUGAUAGAAGUAUAUAAUAGUUAA